UUCCCGCCAUAUUCAACUAUGAAAAGUGCCGGCAAGAGAAGCUCUCGAGUGUCCGUCACGUUUGCUGGCGACGACGAUGUCGUACAACAUAUCAUUAACGUAGAAGACAACCAUCAAGCCCAAAAACUGAGAAAUAGAAAAGUAAGCUUUUCAACUGGAACACGGAAACAGAAAAUACAAGAAGAAGAGUAUGUUGAAGGCAGCAGUGAUGAGGAUGAAGUGUAUGGACCAUCAUCAGCUCUGGAAGCUGAAGGAGACAUCCAUGGCAGUGAUGUUUUUCAGUUCAAGAAAAAUAAGAAAUCAGGCCAGAUGGCCCAGAAAGCUUCAGAGUCAAGAACUCCAAAGUCUUCCCGAUCUCAAGCGCAACAGGAAUCCCCGAAAGAUGAAUACAGAGUGAAGCCCCUUCAGGAAAUUCCUGUGCCAGUGACCCCCAAACAUACUGAAGGAACCACCACUCCACGGAAGUCUCGCAGGAACCGCAGACCCGAAGCAACUACGCCGAUACAGGUUGCGAAAGAGACAUGUAAUUCUUCUGAGGAAGACAGUUUCGAGUCGUCCAGCGACAGUGAGGGGUCAGAAGAAGAAUCUCAGGCUACAACACCAGGCCGCAGCAGACGACGAAAAACUGAUGAUGUUGAAUUUACUACGAAUGCUGAAGAUUAUUUUGACAUCCAUUCUGGUGCUGCGAUCACAUCGGACAGAACACUGUCUAAGCUUGAAACUCCGCGUCUGGACCAGCAGGCUCUCAGUGCUCUGCUGGAGUCUGUCAGUAGCAGCCAUGUUCCUGAGUGUGCUGGGCUACUACAGGAGCACAUGGCUCUCUUCUCCAAGUGGAUGUUCCAGAUGUGUAAUGACUUCAACAUUUUGCUGUAUGGUUUAGGGUCCAAACGGGGCCUGAUGGAAACAUUCCGGCAGAAGUAUCUCCAGGACUUCUCACAUGUUGUGGUGAAUGGAUACUUUCCCAGUCUGACAGUGAAACAUAUCCUGUCCUGUAUUAUAGAUGAGAUUAUUGAAGAUGAGGUGCAUAUCCGCACACCUGCCGAUCAGUAUGAGUACAUCAGGAGGCACUUUGAAAACUCAGAGUAUCAAGAUUUUUACUUGAUCAUUCACAACAUUGAUGGGUCCAUGUUGCGUGGUGAGAAGACCCAGAACCUACUCAGUCUGUUGGCUCAAGUACGAGGAAUCCACAUCAUAGCUUCUAUAGACCACAUUAAUGCCCCCCUCAUUUGGGACCAUACCAAGUGCUGUCGCUUCAACUGGCUGUGUUUCGACACCACCACAUACAUCCCCUACUCUUCCGAGACGUCGUACGAGAACUCCCUGCUUGUGCAGCAGACCGGUGCCUUGGCUCUGAGCUCCCUCACCCACGUCAUGAAGAGUCUCACCACCAACGCCAAGGGCAUCUUCCUCCUCCUGGCCAAACACCAACAAGAGAACAAGGAGAACGCUACGUAUAUAGGCAUGUCUUUCAGUGAGCUGUAUCAGCGAUGUCGGGAGUCGUUCCUCGUCAACUCGGACCUCACUCUCAAGGCACAACUCAUCGAAUUCAGGGACCAUAAGCUUAUCAGAUCAAAGAAGAGCUACGAUGGUGUGGAACAUUUACUUAUCCCAAUCGACAAACCGACACUCACAGAGUUUCUGGAACAGCAGGAGGACAGCUGAUGGCCUGUGUGAUAUUUCCCUAGCAACACAUCCCCAUUCACAAAGAUCCUGGAAUGCAAGGGAGACAUUCUUAUAACCUGUGGGAUAUCUCCUUAGCAACACACUCACAGUAUUCUUGGAAUAGAGUUCCUGAAGAUUGCUUAUGGCUAGGGUAAUAUUUCCCUGGCACCCCAUCCAAACUUGCAGAG